UAUCACGUUCACUGAGCCGCGCUCAGGAACACACUUUGAGGAAAAAGUGACUUUUUUGACCCUCACUCGUCGGAAGUGUCGAUGGCCAUCAUUCCUUUAGGGAGCUAACGCAAGCGAGCAAUGUAAAGUCUCCUGUUGGCGAACUUUGCACAUCCUCAAAAACGCCAUUUUGAUCGUUCUCCGGAACAAGUUUGCAGGGUUUUUUUUCUCUCCUUCGAAGUCCAUCAUCUCUUUUCACCAUCACCAUGUCUCAGCGCAAUCUGCCCAACCCCGACAAAGUCAAACUAUGAGCAGAGGUCACUUUCCCUCGUCCUGUGCCCUGUGACCCUGUGGCUCCAUGACCCUGUGACGUGUUUAGCCCAGACUUUAAAAUGGGUAAAUAUGCCAAAGACACCUGACACUGCUGACUCUUUGAGACAUGGAAAGUACAUCCCCUGACAAGAGUGUCCGCAAUGGUGUUUGUGCUGUUGAGGUAAAUGGACAGUCUCAAUUGUCAAAAGAGGCAGUGAAGAAUCAACCCUCCACAUAUGAACCAGAAUCUGUGGAAGUAAACCUAAAGAGGAAAGCUGAUUCUGAUGGAAUGGACAAACAAGCACUUAUGGCAGAGGAAGAUGAAGAUGGAGUGAGGCCAGAGGAGGAGUUGUCCUCCAUCAAUUCCAUGAUGAGCACUGUAAUGAAUGUGGACCAAAUCAAUAAAGUUGAUUCAGACACCACAAAAGCAUCUCCCAAAAUAACCAGCAAAUCGACCUCAAUCAGUCGUACUGGGAGAAGAAAUCAGGAAGUGAAAGAAGAUCACUCAAACUUCAUUUGCCCCCUGUGUAACAAAGACUGCAUGACACAGCACCAACUCACAAUGCAUAUCAGACAGCAUAAUACAGACAGUGGAGGUACUGACCACUCCUGCAGUAUCUGUGGGAAGGCUCUAAGCUCGGCCAGCUCUCUGGACCGCCACAUGCUGGUACACAGUGGAGAGAGGCCAUACACAUGUGUAGUAUGUGGCCAGACCUUCACCACCAAUGGAAAUAUGCACAGGCACAUGAAAAUUCAUGAAAAGGAUGCAAAUGGUUUUCCCACGCCCAGUCCUUCGUCAAUAAACAAGCGCCGUCGACUCUCUACUAAGAGAAAGCCUAGUGUAGAGGAUGAGGGGGAGCAGGCUGAUGAGCCACCAAAUAAAAAGGACAUGUUGAUGCAAAACGCCGAAGAGCCUGGUUCUGUCAAGAGGGAAGAAGAGCUUCUUCACUGCCCCAUCUGCUUUAAGACAUUCAUCUGUAAAUAUGGUUUGGAUACCCACAUGGAGACACAUCCUGACACCACACUUAGGUGUAACAUUUGUUGCAUCACCUUUCGCACACACCGUGCUCUCCUUCGCCAUAAUGCCAUCGUUCACAAGCAGCUGCCCACAGACCCCACUGGACGACCCUUUAUUCAGAGUAACCCCUCCAUCCCUCUGGGUUUUGGUGACUUGGCUUUCAUUGACUUCAGCUGUGACAAGUUUCCUCAAAUAGCACAGGUCUGGUGUGAGACUAACUUGCGACGAUGCACUAGUAAGUUCCAUAGAUUUGUUUGUGAGGUCUGCAACAAGGCCUUCCCUCUUCAGCAGUCUCUGGAUCUUCACAAAUCCUCACAUAAAAGCAGUGCAGACACCAACACUGAAUCUCAGGAACAAAACACAGAUGCUGUUAUAGAUCCAUCCAAAGUCAAUUCCCAUUCCAUGGAUUUCAAGGAGGUCAACGAAGCAGUACCACAUGAUGACACUACCAGUUCUGAUGGGAAGAACAUUUUCAUGGAUUGCCUGGGUCUCCAACACUCCUCCUUGUCCAAGCCAAAGAAAUCUAAUGAGGAAAUCCAGCAAGAGACUUUAGACAGCAUCCGUUUCAUUUGUGUUGAGCCCCCUUUAACAAAUCUACCUCAAAAAACAAGCGGCAGUCUCGGUCUCUCAGUUUUAGACCCUGUCUCUCUUCAAAGCAUGAACAAGAACACUGCCCUGAGCCUCUUGUCGCUACAACCCCUCCAUGGUGUUGUCAGUAGCGGUAUGUUUGUCCCAAUAAGUGGUCAAGCUGCGGUGGAGCUGGCAGACAUUGAACAAAUCCUUAAAAUCGCUGCCACGAUGCCACCUCAGAUGUCUUUGUCUCUGCUCCCCAAAGAUCAGGCCAGUCCUGUACAGGUGGACCCCAAACAUAUUUCGUCUCUGAAACCGAAGCCCUUAAUCACGCCUCGAUCCAGCAUGGGUACCUCCACACCACCUCCGCCUGUAAUGAACGCCCAACAGGCCUCAUCGGGCAACAUCAGUCCUAGCCUUCCACCCCAGACUGGUCAGCAGCUGAGAACUGCCAGGCAAACUUCAGCCUCCUCUUCUUCCUCAACCUCAUCCUCUCCCACAAAUUGGGAGACUACUCAGCUGGGGUCAGAUGUCAUAGGAAGCAUGAUUAUCUCAUAUGACAAUGCAACUGGAAAGAUCAAGCAAGAGGACUUUGAAGGCAAAGACAAGGAAUUGAGAGUUGUGAGCAAGAAGACCGCCAAGACAGAGUACCCUUGUCGGUUCUGCAAAGAAGUCUUUUCCUUCUUGGGGGGUCUCCAGGCUCAUAUGCGUCAUCAUCUGGGAGCUUCACCAUAUCAGUGCACCAUUUGUUGCUAUGCAGCUCCGGACAAAGCAACAUUGAUUCGGCAUCUCAGAACACAUAGCGGCGAACGCCCGUACGUCUGUCGCCUCUGUCACUACCCUUUCACAGUGAAGGCCAACUGUGAGCGCCAUUUGCGCAAGAAACACAUGAAAAACACGCGCAAAGAGAUUGAGAAGAACAUUGAAUAUGUAACCACCUCCUCUACUUUAAGUGGUCUAUUUGGGGGUGCAACACUAGACCUCCUUGAUACAGCUGGUGCUGGUAACGCAUCUUGUCGCUAUUGUGGGGAGGACCUUAAGAACUACCGAGCCCUUCAGAUUCAUCUGCGAACACACAGUGGGUGUCAGAGGAAGCCAUUUGAGUGUCGGCAGUGUGGGGCAGCAUUCCUUGCUAAAAGGAACUGCAUACACCAUUUGCUGAAGCAACACCCGGAGGUUCCAGAAAGGGAAAUUGAAGAGCACAUCAAAAGUCUUCUACCUGUUGGAGAAGAUGCCACUGCUCAUGCCAACCCUCCAACCUCAAAUGAGCUGGUAAACAGAACUGUUCCUCACAAUUCAGACCCUUUCUCCGGACCAGUUGACCAAGAACAGCCUUUGGAUUUCUCUAGCAAAACUAAAAACAUUCUAGGCUCAGAUGUUAAACUGGAAGAAACGGCAUCCCCUCUGCUUAACGACUGCUCUAUGGAGCCAAUUGAUCUCUCUAUGCCUAAGGAUCCGGAGAAAAAAAGAAUAAUGAAAGGGCUUGCUCGCAGCACAUCCAUUAAUCAUCAAGUUGUUAAGAAAGAACAGCCCUCCCCAAGUACAGAAACAACCCCUGGACUUCUUGCAACUCUCCCCAUCUCAAUUUCUAAUCUGGCCUCAGCUCUAUCCAGUGACCUAACCAAGCCUUUUACUCGUCUGAAGCCACUGCUACCAAAACCAUCUUCUGAAAUGCAACCACUGGCCUCCAUUGCUCAGAUUAUCUCCUCUGUCUCAGCUACCCCUAUGCUGAUUGAAACAGGAAUGGAUGUCAAGAACAGUGUUAGUGCAAUGGAUUUCAAUAAACUUAAUGACAAGAAGGGCACAGCCAUUCUGGAUUCCACUCUAAAAGUUACUCCUCCUGGUAACUCAAAGAGGAGAGGCAAGAAGAGACUAUUUCAGGAAGAGAUCUGUGAUCCAAAAUCAGCUACAGGCAGUGGCAUAGACCUGGAGUCAAGUGGAGAGUUCCCCAGUGUGGAGAAAAUGUUAGCCACUACUGAUGCAAAUAAAUUCAGCCCCUACUUGCAAACCAAUCAGAUGCAGCCAGUGAAGGAGGAAAAGGAGAAGCAGACCAUCAGUGAGGAGGUGAAGGAAGGUGGAGAGGACAAGCCAAAGAAAUCUCCACAGAACAAAGGAAAGAAGAAUGCCUAUUCUAAUUCAGUGCAGAAAAUGACAUGCCCUUACUGCCCACGUCUGUUCCCCUGGGCCAGCUCAUUGCAAAGGCAUAUGCUAACACACACAGGUCAGAAGCCAUACCCUUGUCCUCAGUGCGAGUCAUUCUUCUCCACCAAGUCAAACUGUGAACGCCACCUGCUCCGCAAACAUGGAAUAUCUAACCGGGGACUUCAAGAGAGUGGGUCUCAACCCAAACCUAAAGCCGACGAAGGAUCACAAGGAAGCUCAGGUACUUCUGAGAGUAUAUCCGACACUGAACCUCCUGUAGCUGAAGAUACUAUGAAUCUGACCUCUUUCGAUCUCAAAAAAGAGGGGAAUUCUUCAUCCCCAGAACAUAUACCAGAACAAACUGGACAAUCAGCCACUGAACAAACAGACAGCACCAGAGAUCCACAUCAAUCACAGGCAGUUGAGGGAAAUCCUGAGAAAAUAGAAAAUAAUGACGAUGACACUCAAAGCAACAAAAGUCUUGAUAUGAACCUCGCUAGCAAGCUCGUGGACUUCAAGCUUUCUGGAGGGGAUCAGCACAGGCCUAAAUUAACCGAAACCACUGCACAACCAGUUGAUGGGCCAGGUGAGUUCCCCCACACUUGUGCUACCUGCAAGAAGACCUUUCGCCAUGCGGCCACCCUCAGCCGGCACCAGAAAACUCAUAUUCAUGAGGUCCAGUCAGAGGAUGGCGGGAAGAAGGGAAGACGUCAACCUACUGGGUCCAACCAAACCACAAUCACAGCACCUAGAAAAGAGACGGAGCAAGAGGCAAAGUUAGAAUCUGUUGAAAAAGAGGAGAACAUCAGCUGUGUGGAAAGUUGUGAAGAGGAGGAGAUGGGGAAAGAUGGGGAAGAGAUGAGUGAUGAUGAGGAAGAGGGUGGUUCCUCAGAGCACAUGGCUUUGGAAGAAGAGAGUGACUCAGCUGGAGGCAAAACUGAUAAGAGAAAGAAGAUCUGUGCUGUGUGCUGCAAACGCUUUUGGAGCUUGCAAGACUUGACUAGACACAUGAGGUCACAUACUGGUGAGAGACCUUAUAAGUGCCAAACCUGUUAUCGCACAUUCACACUGAAGCACAGUCUGGUGAGGCACCAACGGGUCCACCAGAAACCCACGGAUGAAAAAGGGACUGAUGAGGCAGAAGUUAAUGAAGAUGCAGAUGGAGCAAAAGAUGACACUGAAGUGCUGGAAGGAAAGGAGGUCAGGUGUUCACCGGGAGGUGAGAGUGGAACAACAGACCCAAUCCAGACUGAGGAUGUAAGUAAGAGAGCAGAGGUUCCCCAAACAGAAGAGAUUGAAGGACACAAAGUGGAGAAGCAACAUGCUAAUGUGGACAUGAAGUUGGAUUCUGCUGAAGAACCUCCCAAAGAACCUCAGCUAGAGGAAGCUGAACAGGAGGAACUUCAAAAGGACAAACCUUCAACUCAUGCUGCCUCAGUAGAGGCCCAAUCAGGCUCUCAUCCAGAAUCUGCAGAGAUCAGUGUGCACAGCUGUAUCGCGGCUCAGGAAAUUGCAGAGAACCCUGUUCUGUGAAGAGAAAUUUACUAGCCUCUUCACUGUGUUGAUUUUGUGCCAUAGUUUAACAGGCUUCCACAAACAAUUGGAGUUGCAAAGUCUGGCCUCUGCCAAUAUUUGUCUUAUACAGUAUGCCUAAAAGAUGCAAAACUGCAGAACCGUUUUCGAAGCACAGUGAUCCUUCUCUUGAUGCCUUAAUGCUUUUCUCCUCUAUGGAUCUGGAUCAACACAUAACUGGACAGUAGCAUUUUUAAUCAUAUUUCAAAGAUUUUUUUAUUUUUAUGAAUCAUAUAAAAGACUUUAUAUCAUUAUAAAUUAGAGAUACAUUUGUAUCAUGAACAGAUUUAUUUAUAUCAGCAUUAAAAUGUAUUAUUCUUAAGUAAAUUUCUAUUUGUUUUAGUCUCUGUGAGGAGUGUUUUUCUCUCUCUCUUUUUAUCUUUAAUUUAAAGCGAUAGUUCACCCAAAAUUGACAAUUCUCCCAUCAUUUACUCACCCUCAUGCCAUCCCAGAUGUAUAAGACUUUCUUUCUUAUGCUGAACACAAACAAAGAUUUAUAGAAGAAUACCUCAGCUGUGUAGGUCCAUACAAUGCAAGUGAAUGGUGACCAAAACUUUGAAGCUCCAGAAAUUACAUAAAGUCAGUGUAACUGUAAUCCAUAUGACUUCAGUAGUUAAAUCCAUAUCUUCAGAAGUGAUAUGAUAAGUGUGGGUGAGAAACGGAUCAAUAUUGAAGUCCUUUUUUACUAUCAAUCUCCACUUUCACAUUCACAUCCUUUGUGUAUAUCGACACCUAAUGUGCAGGGAGGAGAAUGUAAAGUACAAAUGGACCUAAAAAUCGAUCUGUUUCUCACCCACACCUAUCAUAUCGCUUCUGAAUAUAUGGAUUGUACCACUGGAGUCUGAUGGAUUACCUUUGUGUGCUUUUCGGAGCUUCAAAAUGUUGGUACCCAUUCACAUGCAUUGUAUUGACCUACAGAGCUGCAAUAAUCUUCUAAAAAUAUUAAUUUGUGUUCAAUAGAAGAAAAAAAGUCAUUUGCAUCUGGGAUGGCAUGAGGGUGAGUAAAUGAUAAGAGAAUAUCUGUUUUUUGGGUGAACUAUAACUUGAAGAACUGAAGGGCCUAACUCAUUCACUAUCAUGAUUGGCUGAUUGCAUUUUUGAUUAAAUUGCUAAAUUAAAUUGUAGUGUAAUUUAGCAUUCUAUUUUAUUUUUGUGAUCAUUGGUCAAUCUUUUAUUGGCAAUAUUUGCCUGUUCUUUUUAUAUUAUUCUCUAUCUUUCAACCUCAUUAACAAAUGAUGCAGACGUGUGUAUAAAUCGCUGGAAGUCUUUAAACAGCACCUUCUGGUGGUGACGCGUGUGAAGUAUUAUAUUGGAAGGCCUGUGUAUCUGAGAAAAGUCUGAUUAUGAGAUUCACGCAAUAUGCAUUAAAUGUCAGUGUGAUUCUGAGUAUGUUUUAUGUGUCUUGAAAGUGUGAUUUGUUUUUGCCUUAUUGGGUUUUUUGUUUGUUCUGGAAAUCUCCCUGCAGAUCACCCUGACUUUUUACACUGAUGAUCACACUAAAGGGUCUAUUCUUUCUGUUAAGGAACAUAAAAAAGUUAUGUGCUGAUAUAACAUAUGAACUUAAAGAAGCUGCCCAGAGACUGUCUUGUGUAUUGGGAAAUAAUUUUUCCACAAACAAACAAAUUGUACAAUAGUUGUUGCAAUAUAUUGAGUUUGAUAACCCCUGAGCUCCAUUCAACACUUCAUUUGGGUUGUAUGGAUUUAACUUAAGUUCUCUCAGUGGCUAAAUAUUUGCAAGUAUUCAUUCAUUUUGAAAACUCACUCUCUUGGAUUUAAAAGCAAUGUUUAACUUGCAAAGGUCUCUAAAUUUUGUUGAAACACAUUUCCUUUCUCUUUUUUUUAUUUUUUGUUUAAUAACAUAUGUGCCUGUAAUUGUGUGGGUGUGGGUGUGCACAGUUAUCAAUAAUGAAAAACAAUGAACAUUUUAUGCAGGUUUUAUUUGAUCAAUCUAAAGAGUGUUGUCAUAAUUUUGAGAACCCAUGAAUAAUGCAAUUUGUGCAACAAGGAGAAUCAAAAAGAUGAAUGUUGUAGAAAUUAUUUUGCAUUGUAAAGUUCUCUACAUUUUCAAUUAUGUUGUAGAUUUCAAAUUUUUUGAUACUUAGAUAAUUCUGAUUUUCGAAUGUCCUUUUGGUUAGUCAUCUAAUGAAAUCUUCAACCAAUGCAACUAUCCAUUACAUUUGAGAACAUUGAACUAUAGAGUAUCAUUUUGAUUAUGAAAAAUGAUACAAAUUUUGAUUUUGCAUGUUAAAUUCUCAGCUUUUAUCUUUCUCAGGGGCUUUUCAAAAACAGAAUUUUCUAAGUAAUCUGUCUUGUGUAUAAAACUGAUUCUCAUUUCUGUGGUAAACAGAACAAUCACUACAGUUUACUGCAUUUGACUGAAUUUGGUCACAAACCUGCUUGGGCUUUUAUUGACUUAUGUUAAUGUCAAACAUUUUCUUUAAGAAAUUUCUGUAUUUGUCCUGACACCAUCACUGACCAUGAUUGUCCAGUGGAUUUCAAAUGUCAGAUAAGUUCAGAUGUAGACAACUCAUUGAUUUUGAUUUUACAAACUAUGUAAAGUGUGUAAAUCAUCCAAUCAAUAAAUUUACACUAAGAAAGAGUGAGAAAUUAUGUCUUC